UAUUAAUAUUUCCAACUUUUAAUUCGUAUUUUACAGGGGCAGUUAAUGACGACAGUAUCUACCUCAUUGAAAAUGCUACAUCAGAUGUAAACUUCUUGAAAAACUGGAAAUCAGCACUAUAUAGAUAUUCUGGCAUUGAUCCCAACAGCUUGAGAGUAACAAAAGUUAAAGCAGUCAUAGAAGGUAAAGAAUUUGUUUUGAAAUUUACAUUUCUCGACAUACAUCCGAAACUUCCACAAGAAAUCAAAGACAAACAAAUCACGGCAUUCAACGCCGAAAAGAAGCUCAGAGAAAAUGUCAAAAAUAAAGCUAUAUAUAUGAAUUACAGACCAUCCCAAAAAGCAAAGGUAAUAACAUAUUCACUUCUUAUGAAUACUUUUUCGAUACAUAAAAAACUUCAGACUGUAUAGUGAUAAGCCACGCGUUUUAACGUAUGUAUGAAGUGCUUUACACUAUACAUGUGUUCAGGGAAAUUGUCCAUGUUUGUUUAAAAAGGGGCUUGACACAGUAUACAGGGAAACAGUACAAUAAAAGGUUUGACACAACAUAUUGAUAAGCCACACAAUAUAUGAUCUAUGAAAGGCUUCGGCAUUAUAAUGAUAAGCCACAAAAUUUUUGAUCUGUGAAAGGCUUUGGGCAGUUUAGUGAAAAGCCACAUUAAAUUAAAAUUGUAAAAUUAGAGAUUUGAUUCUGAAGUAACCCAAUUUAAACUACCCAAGCUACAAACUACCUGUUUUAACAGCCAGUUUGUUCUUCCAAAAUCUCAGAACUUUUUCAUAUGAUUUCUUGGUGGUUUUCUUUAACACUAAACAUACCAACACUUAAUCUAU